GCCUCCCCCCGGCUGUCGUAAACGGUGAAUGGAGAGAGAGUUGUGGGGGGGAAGGAGGGAGCACAGGGGGCGCAGAGUCAGAGUGGCGCAGCAGGUAUCCGCGGGCGGCGGCGGCGGCGGCGGCGGCUGGGGGUGACGUGGUCCCCGGCCGCGGCGGAGGGGCCCGGGAGCGGCCCGGAGACACCCCGGCUGCAACCCGGCCUGCUGGCCCUGGGACUGCUCCCCCGCCUGCGGACAUGGACCUCAACCGGAUCAUCCAGGCGCUGAAGGGCACUAUCGACCCGAAGCUGAGGAUCGCGGCCGAGACGGAGCUUAACCAGUCCUACAAGAUUAUCAAUUUUGCCCCCAGCUUGCUCCGGAUCAUAGUCUCCGACCAUGUGGAGUUCCCCGUGCGUCAGGCAGCUGCCAUCUACCUGAAGAACAUGGUCACACAGUACUGGCCAGACAGGGAGCCUCCUCCAGGAGAAGCGAUAUUCCCGUUCAACAUCCACGAGAAUGACAGGCAGCAAAUCCGGGACAACAUUGUGGAAGGGAUAAUUCGGUCUCCGGAUCUGGUGAGAGUCCAGUUGACAAUGUGUCUCCGAGUGAUCAUUAAACAUGACUUUCCUGGUCAGUGGCCUGCAGUGGUGGACAAGAUAGACUACUACUUGCGGUCACCGAACAGUGGGAGCUGGCUUGGCAGUUUACUGUGCUUGUACCAGCUGGUGAAGACCUAUGAAUAUAAGAAAGCAGAGGAAAGAGAGCCCCUGCUGGCAGCCAUGCAGAUAUUCCUGCCUCGACUUCAGCAGCAAGUCCUGCAGCUGCUCCCCGAUGCCUCCCAUUACUCUGUGUUGCUGCAGAAGCAGAUUCUGAAAAUCUUCUAUGCUCUGGUUCAGUACGCGCUGCCUCUGCAGCUGGUCAACCACCACACCAUGACAACGUGGAUGGAGAUCUUUCGGACCAUCAUUGACAGGACAGUCCCUCCGGAGACACUUCAAAUUGAUGAGGACGAUCGGCCGGAGCUGGUGUGGUGGAAGUGUAAGAAGUGGGCGCUGCACAUUGUCGCUCGCCUCUUUGAACGGUAUGGAAGCCCAGGAAAUGUCACAAAAGAAUACUUCGAAUUUUCUGAAUUCUUUUUGAAAACCUAUGCAGUGGGAAUUCAGCAGGUACUACUAAAAAUUUUAGACCAGUACAGACAGAAAGAGUAUAUAGCCCCCCGUGUUCUUCAGCAAGCCUUCAACUAUCUCAACCAAGGGGUUGUCCAUGCUGUGACCUGGAAGCAGAUGAAGCCACAUAUCCAGAAUAUCUCUGAAGAUGUGAUUUUUUCUGUGAUGUGCUAUAAGGACGAGGAUGAAGAGCUUUGGCAAGAAGAUCCAUAUGAGUACAUAAGGAUGAAAUUUGAUAUUUUUGAAGAUUAUGCUUCUCCCACCACAGCAGCCCAAACCCUCUUGUAUACAGCUGCAAAGAAAAGGAAAGAGGUGUUGCCAAAAAUGAUGGCGUUCUGUUAUCAAAUACUAACAGACCCGAACUUUGACCCUAGGAAGAAAGAUGGAGCUCUGCACGUGAUUGGCUCCCUGGCUGAGAUUUUGUUGAAGAAGAGUUUAUUCAAGGACCAAAUCGAGCUGUUCCUGCAGAAUCACGUGUUUCCGUUACUCUUGUCGAACCUAGGAUAUCUUCGUGCUAGAUCCUGCUGGGUGCUGCAUGCCUUUAGUUCUCUGAAGUUUCAUAAUGAGCUCAAUCUCAGAAAUGCGGUUGAGCUCGCGAAGAAGAGCCUGAUUGAGGACGAAGAGAUGCCGGUAAAGGUGGAGGCUGCCCUGGCGCUGCAGUCCCUCAUCUCCAACCAGACGCAAGCCAAGGAACACAUGAAGCCACAUGUGAGACCCAUCAUCCAGGAGCUGCUGCAUAUUGUUAGGGAGACGGAGAAUGAUGAUGUGACCAACGUCAUCCAGAAGCUGAUCUGUGAGUACAGUCAAGAGGUGGCCUCCAUCGCUGUGGACACAACCCAGCACUUGGCUGAGAUAUUUGGUAAAGUUCUUCAAAGUGAGGAGUAUGAAGAAAUCGAAGACAAAACUGUCAUGGCCAUGGGAAUUUUACACACCAUCGAUACUAUCUUAACAGUCGUGGAAGAUCAUCAAGAGAUCACGCAGCAAUUGGAGAACAUCUGUCUACGAAUCAUCGAUCUGGUUUUACAGAAGCAUGUCUUUGAGUUCUACGAGGAAGCGCUCUCCCUGGCGCACAGCCUGACGCGCCGCGCCGUGUCGCCGCAGAUGUGGCAGCUCCUGGGCGUCUUAGACGAAGUGUUCCAGCAGGACUGCUUCGAGUACUUCACAGGCAGGCAUUGGCCACGAGCAGACAUGAUGCCUCUCCUGCAUAACUACGUGACUGUCGACACCUCCGCUCUGCUGUCCAACCCAAAGCGCCUGGAAGCCUUGUUUGCCAUGUGCAGGAAGGUACUGUGCGGCGAGGUGGGAGAGGAUGCGGAGUGCCAUGCUGCCAAACUCUUGGAAGUCAUCAUUCUUCAGUGCAGAGGAAGGGGAAUUGACCAGUGCGUCCCGCUGUUUGUUCAGCUGGUCCUGGAGAGGCUGACCCGCGGCGUGAAGACCAGCGAGCUGCGCACCAUGUGCCUGCAGGUGGCCAUCGCGGCGCUCUACUACAGCCCGCCGCUGCUGCUGCACACGCUGGAGCACGUGCAGCUGCCGCACAACCCGGGGCCCGUCACCGCCCAGUUCAUCAACCAGUGGAUGAGCGACACCGACUACUUCCUGGGACACCAUGACCGGAAGAUGUGUAUCAUAGGACUGAGCAUCCUCUUGGAGUUGCAGACCCGACCUCCUGCCGUGGACGCCGUGGCUGCACAGAUCCUCCCCUCCAUUCUUUUCCUGUUCCUCGGCCUGAAGCAGGUCUGUGCUACACGGCAACUGUUGAACCGUGCCGGUCACGCGAAAGCGGAGAAGGUCGACGUGGAGGAAAACGAGGAGAUUUCCAGUGAGGAGGAGGAGACCAACCUAAGUGCUCAAGCUAUGCAGUCACAGACUGACAGAGGUGAGGAGGAUGAGGAUGCCGACUGGGAUGAAGAGGUGCUGGAGGAGACCGCCCUUGAGGGCUUCAGCACCCCCCUGGACCUCGAUGACAGUGUGGAUGAGUACCAGUUCUUCACGGAAGCGCUGCUAACUGUGCAGAAUCGGGACGCUGCCUGGUACCAGCUGCUGGUGGCACCGCUCAGUGAGGAUCAGAAAAGGAAGCUGCAGGAGGUGUAUACACUGGCAGAGCACCGAAGGACGGUGGCAGCAGGGAGGCUCCACAUCUGAGGACGAGGGCGUCUGCUCUGCAUUUAGCUUUGGAGUUGCUCGCAGCGACAGCUGACAGGUGUGUCCACCGUUCACCGCUGCUGCUUGUGUCACGGACGAGGCCGCGUGGGAAGCAAGGGCUGUGCCAUGGCAUCUGGUAGCCGCGGCCUGCGCAAUCUCCUCGCUCCUCCUCACCCUGGGGAUAGAUACAUUGACAGCUACUGUAAUGGACAAAACUCAAGAAACGCAGUCACUGACGGGAGAGGAGGGAGCUGAGCUAACCGUGGAGGGCUGGAGGUGGGCGUCGGCGCAUGCGUCUCAGGUUUUUGCCCCGAAGAAUCAGUGGAUUUCCGAGGAUAACAGUGCCUUCUGUUGUACAUGAAUAAUCAGAAAAACAUUUUUGGAGUGCAUUGCAAUUUUUUUUAAAGCAUACAACAUAUUUCUAGAUAUCCUGUAAACCUUGGUCAUUUCAUCCGCAUUUUCCUCUGCGCGUUGACUGACAGGCAGUUGUGCAAGUCUCACUCUGGUUUCACAAACGUCCCUGUUUCUCCGAUCAUCUGGUGCCCACAGGCUCCUUCAAGGGUUGGAUCUCAACCAGCGGCUCUGGCUUUUUAGACAUCUGCGGCGCUCCUGAGAACGGUUAUCGACCCCCUCUGUCACGCUUCUCUUCUUGAAUGUGGUGAUGCAGUCAGGAUCAUGAGUGUAUGAUUGUGCCAGGAGGCUCCAGGCGGGGCCUUGGUAGUCACCGAGCGCAGCAGCGGUGAGGGUCCGGGACCCUGUGCUUGGCUUAUACUGCAGGCCUGGGCACCCAGACAGGAAAGCACACUGGAGUCUGAGCAGGUGGUUUCUGCAUGAGGGCUGGGUGGAAGUCACCAUUCCAGCCUUGUUGGACAGGGCCCAAAGCAUUUUGUGUAUCUAUCGUUUUCCUUUUCUCCUUCCAGCCCUCCCUGCUUUGUGAUAGUUUUCCUCUGUAUACAACCCAGGCUGACCUCAGACCGAUGGCCACUCUCCUGCCUCAGCUUUGCAGGGGUUGGAAUCUCAGCCACUACAAAUGCUUGAUAUUUUUUUAUUUAGUAAAAAGACCCAACAGAUCUGCCUGCCUGCGUCCCCACAGUCUGUAAUUUCUCUAUCCUGACUUAGCUUAGCUUCUUUGCUCCUCAGUUGUUUUUUUUUUAGAUUCUGCAAGGGUUGGUCCCUUGGUCAGCUGGGUUUGUAGGUGUCAGCAUCGCAGGUGGGUUUUCCUGAACUGUUCAGGAGCAGAGUGUGAACCACAGUGCUUUCAGUUAACAAAGUGAAAAUGUGUCAUCAGGCCUUGACAUAUUUAUGGAUGUCAUACAGACUAUGUUUUUGUGAAAUGCCUGCAGCUAAAAUUUCCAUCAGCAACUGGCAAGAUUUUCUAGGUGCUUCCUGAAUUAACAACCUCCCCUCCCCCCUUUUUUUAAAUUUAGGUUAUUUAAUUUUUCGCAGAAGUAGCUUAAAAGCCAUAUGUUUUGUAUUUUCCCAACAGUCGUUUUUCAGGGCACCAAAGCUGCAUGUCCCCAGCAGUUAGGGAAGAGUGCAUUGUGGGGGAUUUUAGAGCUCUGAAAUUCCUGGUUUCUCCCGUAUCUCAACUGGUGUAAUUGUAAUGUAGCAACCUGCCUUCACACUGGAUCUCAGGGGCACGGGGGGGGGGGGGUGUCGCUUGGUGGUGAGUUGUUGGCUGCAGUAUUAAAGGGAAGACAGAUCCCUGCACAGCACCACACCGUGUUGUUGAAGCCAGAGUCAGUGUAUGGUUUUAUUCCCAGAAGUGCUAACCAGGAUCAGAUCUGGUUACCGUGGAAAUGCAGGAACUUACAUGAAUGUACUGUAAAAUAAAAUGUGGGCUAAUUCCCAGGAACUGAA